CUUUGACAAGACUGACAGGAGGAACAAUCUCCGCCCUCUGCACAUGCCCCGCCUCAUCAUAUAAGUCACCCAGUUUCCACUGUGGUGAUUUAUGUAACAGUUUUCUUUGUUGGUUUUUUUUUGUUGUUGUUUCAAAGAGUUUACAGCGAUGAACGAACAUCAGACACAAUCAGACGCUGAGAAGUGAAGUCGCUGUUUUAUUCUCUACAGGUGACAAUGAGCAGAAAGGGAAACAGGAUGUCAAAUUCAACACGUGAGGAGCUGCUCCUGAGAGCACUGAAAGAUCUGGGAGACAAUGAGUUAAAAGAGUUCAAGUGGUACCUGCAAAAGUCUGACGUCCUGGAACGCUUCCCAAUAAUCCCAAAGAGCAAACUAGAUAAGGCAGACAGGCCAGACACAGUGGAUCAGAUGCUGCAAACAUACUGUGAAAACGUGCUUGAGGUCACCAAAAAGGUUUUGAGGAAGCUAGAUAGGAAUGACCUUGUGCAGAUUUUAAUUGACCCAAAUGCAGAACCUGAAGCAGAGGGUUUUGCCGAGUUCCAGAAAAACCUCAAAUCCAACCUGAUGAAAAAGUUUCAGGAAUCAGCUGAAAAACUUAAAAAAGGAGGUAAAUCUAAGCUUCAAAAUGAGACCUACACAGAGGUCUGCCUCAAAAUAGAAAACAGCCAAGAGGCCAACAAGGAACAUGAGAUCAGACUAAUUGAAAAAGCACACAGGAAACCAGACAGACCAGAAACAAGAAUUCGAUGUGAAGACAUCUUCAAAGCUUCACCCAUUAAAGACAAACCAAUCAGAACAGUGCUGACAAAGGGAGUGGCUGGCAUUGGGAAAACAGUCUCAACACAGAAGUUCACUCUGGACUGGGCUGAAGACAAAGCCAACCAGGACAUUCACUUAACAUUUCUGUUCACUUUCAAAGAGCUGAAUGUACUGGAAGAGAAAAAGUUCAGUUUGGUGGAACUUGUGAAUCAUUUUUUUACUAAAACCAAAGAAGCAGGAAUCUGCAGCUUUGAAGGGUUUAAGGUUGUGUUCAUCUUUGAUGGUCUGGAUGAGUGUCGACUUCCUCUGGACUUCCACAAAACUGCAAUCCUGACUGAUACUACAGAAUCCACCUCAGUCAGUGUGCUGCUGAUAAACCUCAUCAGGGGGGAUCUGCUUCCCUCUGCUCGCCUCUGGAUAACCACACGGCCUGCAGCAGCCAAUCAGAUCCCUCCUGAAUAUGUAAACAUUGUGACGGAAGUUAUGGGGUUCACUGAUGCUCAAAAACUAGACUACUUCAGAAAGAAAUUCAGAGAUGAGAAGCUUAUUGGCAGAAUGAUCUCUCAUAUGAAAACAUCACAGAGCUUAAACAUCAUGUGCCACAUUCCAGUCUUCUGCUGCAUCACUGCUACAGUUCUGGAGGAUAUGUUGAAAACUAAAGAGAAAGAAGAGCUGCCCAAGACCCUGACUGAGAUGUACAUCCACCUUUUGAUAUCUCAAGCCAAAGUAAAGAAGGUCAAGCAUCAGGGAGCAACUGAUGCUGAUCCACAGUGGAAUCAAGCAAGCAAGGAGAUGAUUCUGUCUUUGGGAAAACUGGCUUUUGAGCAGCUACAGAAAGGCAACCUGAUAUUUUAUGAAUCAGACUUGAAAGACUGUGGCAUCAAUGUCACAAGUGCUUCAGUAUAUGCAGGACUUUUUACAGAGAUAUUUAAAGAGGAGAGAGUGUUGCGCCAGGACAAAGUGUUUUCCUUUAUCCACCUGAGUGUUCAGGAGUUUCUGGCUGCUCUGUAUGUCCAUAUGACGUUUUUCAGCUCUGGACUCAAUCUGCUGGACGAACUCCAACAAUCAUCCUGGAUUUCUAGACUUUCAAGAAGUAAAUCGAAUCUCCAUCAGAGGGCUGUGGACAAGGCCUUACAGAGCCCAAAUGGACACCUGGACUUGUUCCUCCGUUUCCUUCUGGGUCUUUCACUGGAGACCAAUCAGAUUCUCCUACAAGGCCUACUGAGAAAGACAGGAAGUAGCUCACAGGAAACAGUCCAGUACAUCAAGGAAAGGCUUGAUGAUGGUCUCCCUUCUGAGAAAAGCAUUAAUUUGUUUCACUGUUUGAAUGAAAUGAAUGAUCGUUCUCUAUUGGAGGACAUCCAAAAGUCAUUGAGUUCAGGAAAUCUUUACACGAAUGAUCUAAUUCCAUCUCAGUGGUCAGCUCUAGUCUUCAUCUUAUUAUCAUCAGAAAAUCUGGAUGUCUUUGACCUGAAGAAAUAUUCAGCUUCAGAGGAGGUUCUUCUGAAGCUGCUGCCUGUGGUUAAAGCCUCCAACAAAGCUUUGUUGAGUUCUUGUAACCUGUCAGAGAAAAGUGUAAAAAUUCUGUCUCCAGUGCUCGGCUCCCAGUCCUCUUGUCUGAGAGAGCUGGACCUGAGUAACAACAACCUGGAGGAUUCAGGAGUGAAGAUGCUUUCUACCAUACUGGAGGGUCCACAUUGUCAACUGGAAACUCUCAGGCUGAGUGGCUGUAACUUGUCGUGGAGAAGCUGCGAGACUCUUUCUACAGUUAUCAGCACACAGUCCUUAAAUCUAAAAGAACUGGAUGUGAGCAACAAUGACCUGCAGGAUUCAGGAGUACAACUUUUAUCUGCUGGACUGGAGAGUCAUCACUGUGUACUUCAAACUCUUAGGCUAUCAGGCUGUCAAGUCACAGAACAAGGCUGUGCUGCUCUGGCCUCAGCUCUGAGUUCAAACCCUUCCCAUCUGAGAGAAUUGGACCUGAGCUACAAUCAUCCAGGAGACCAAGGAGUGACUCUCCUUUCUUUGGGCCUGAAGGAUAGACAAUGCCAACUGGAAACACUCAGGUUGGAACAUUGUGGAGAACAGCGACUGAAACCUGGUCUGAGGAAGUAUUUCUGUGGGCUUGAACUGGAUUCAAAUACAGCGCACAGAAACCUCAAACUGUCUGACGACAACAAGAAGGUGACUGUGGUGAAAGAGGAACAGCCCUAUCCAAAUCAUCCGGAGAGGUUUGACUACUGCUGCUGGCAGGUGCUGUGUAAAAAUGGUCUGACUGGUCGUUGUUACUGGGAGGUGGAGAGGGAAGGGCAAGUUGUCAUAGCAGUGACGUACAAAAGAAUCAGCAGGAAAGGGAACAGUGCGGACUGCAGGCUCGGGUGGAAUGACCAGUGCUGGAGUCUAAUCUGCACUCAAGAGAAAUAUUCUUUUUGGCACAACAAGAGAGAACAUGUAGUCUAUCUUCCCUAUGGUGCUACUCUACCUAAAAGAAUAGCAGUGUAUGUGGACUGUCCUGCUGGUACUGUGUCCUUCUACCGAGUCUGCUCGGACAAACUGACCCCCCUGCACACCUUCCACACCACAUUCACCGAACCAGUCUACCCCGCCUUUGGGUUCGGGUUUGGGUUCUGGUCAUAUGACUCCACAGCAUCUCUGUGUGAGUUGUAGGAGAGAGUCUGCUCCUGACUGCAAACUACUGCUGAUGGUGCUUUUCACUCUGCACACCACAGACUAUAAGCCAAAGGACCAUGUAGCAGUUACCCUCCUACUGAUUCUGCACAACAGAGUGGUGGUCACCAGACACUUGGUGGUGAAUGAAUGAAAGUCCUACCAAAGACCUGAAAAUAAUGUAAUCCUUUUUUUUUUUGUUUUUUGUAAUUUUUACCCCAUGGUCAUAAAUGCAUGACAUGUAUGACAGUAUUGGAAGGGGCUGUGAAUACAAACAGUCGACAGACAUGUUUAUCAUAGGAAAUGUACUGUACAUUAUAACAUACAAAUGUAAUGACUCCCUGCUUUUACACAUAUUUUUUUAUGAUGGCUUUGAUGGCUAUGAUGCUAACCCUACCUGGUCUACUUUCAUUCUGACGUCUCGGGUUAUUCUGUUAAAAUCUAUUAAAACUGAUGUCUGUGAAGGUUCUCAGUCAUCCAGGUCAUUGUAGUCAAAGGAGUUUGCAAAGAAGUGGGGGGUUGGGGGGAUACUCCCA